UUGUUUGAUUUUCAGGUGAUUGGAAAUGAAACGGAAUUCAUUGGAUGUUCACCUGAACCAAUUUUCGUCGUUGCAAACCGAAUUAAAAACUUGCCAUUUGAAACCGGCAAAGAAGUGGGAAAUCACUUUUAUCGGCAUUGCAACAACAAUGGUGAGCAGCUCCAAGGGAGAGUCGGCGAGCGACGCCGACAAUUCAUCUGGCGACGCGCUCGAAUCCAAGUCCAAGAGCCUCUUCUCCGAGGGCGAGAAGGUUCUCGCCUACCAUGGUCCCCGCAUCUACGAAGCCAAAGUUCAAAAAGCAGAGUUCCGGAAGCAUGAGUGGAGAUAUUUUCUCCAUUACCUUGGUUGGAAUAAAAAUUGGGAUGAAUGGGUAGGCAUGGAUCGGCUGAUGAAAUAUACCGAAGAGAACAUUAUGAAGCAACAGGCCCUUGAUGCCCUUGAUAAGAAAGCUGGAGUUGACAAGAAUACUAAAUUAGGGCGUUCUGCUCAAACAAAACCAAAAAGUUCAACUGAUGCUAAAGUGGAUAAAGAGGAGGCAAAGACCACAGCUACAAAGGGGAAAAAGCGAAAGGCUGACUCAGGGAUUGAGGACAACCCAACAACAGAAAAUCUCAUCAAAAUUCACAUUCCUCCCAGUUUGAAGAAGCGAUUAGUUAAUGAUUGGGAGUUCAUUACUCAGCAAAACAAGGUAGUGUGCUUCUUUGCUACAUUAAAUUGGGAGUUCAUUACUCAGCAAAACAAGCUUGUGAAGCUCCCGAGAUCACCAAAUGUUGAUGAUAUAUUGACAAAAUAUCUUGAACACAGGUUGAAGAAUGAUGGCAUGAUGACUGAUGUGGUUGGAGAAAUUUUGAAUGGGUUAAGAUGUUAUUUCGACAAGGCUUUGCCAGCUAUUCUUUUGUACAAAAAAGAACGCCUGCAGUAUCGGGAGGCUAUUUCGGAUAAUACAUCUCCAUCAACUAUAUAUGGAGCUGAACAUUUGUUGCGCCUAUUUGUGAAAUUGCCAGAAUUGUUGGCGUAUGUGAAAAUUGAUGAGGAGACUUUGAUUAGGUUGCGGCAGAGAUUGCUCGAGUUUAUCAAGUUUCUGCAAAAUAACGAGAGCGCUUUCUUCCUCUCGGCAUAUGAUGGUCCUAAAGUUACUGAAGGAGGUGGCAAGAUGAAGGAUAGCUGACUCGAUUAUCAGCAUGUGUUCUUGUUAUGAUUCUUGGCUAUAUUACAUCGGCAAGAAGCCUCAGUAUUGUAUGAGUAAGCAUGUUGUUGUUUAUAGGCUCUUUAACUAUUAGCAAAAACUUAUCGUUGUAGCAACAAAUACUCGUCGUAGAAGAAGGAUGCAUAGUUUUUCCUCAGUUUUCUUAUAUUUCAUUUUUAUCACGGAGUAUGUAUAAUUUUUUUAUAUUUCAAAGCAAACGUAACCUUAUUAUUUAGAAGUGAGAAUUGUUACUAAACUACUUGAUCGCA